CUUGGAAAAAGUCGGUAUCUUUUGAGUUCGACCGCUAAGGUUAAAGCUGAAUCUUUGCGUUAAGCCAACAAGGCGGAUUACGACACCCCUCUUCCCUCCUUGUCUCUUUUCCUCUCUCCUCGAGUGUCAGGCUCCUUUCAACCCACAAGAUCCGAGUCCAGUCCAAAGUCCAAAAGAAGACUUGCUUGGUACCUCAUUAGUCAGAACACUCUGAAGGCCGACAACACAUUCCGCAGAGGGCUUUCAUGGUUCUCACGUCCUCACUACCGUAUUCUCCAUGCAUGUAAUGGACUGCAACUAAUCGAAUCGAAUUGAAGCAAAAAUGGAUUAAGUUCGGGGCUGCCCUGUCGAAGAAAAUCAAGAUCAUCUUUGGUUAUCCAUACGAUCGUUGCAAGAACCCAGCCGCGACAACAAUGACCAAUGGCGACUCUUCACUCAGGCAACACAGAGGCGACACCAUCACCAGCAGCAGGAAUACCAGAUUGCACACUCUCAUCACCAGACUGCAGAUUUUGUUGUUGGGUAUCCUCCUGGGAGCUCUGCCUGGGUUGUACGUGGGAAUCCCCUCUUCAACUGACAUUGCCGACACGCAACAAACACAUCCAGAGCUGGAUUGCGAUCACAACCAUGCACUACAGCUAGAUACUGCCAGCAGUUCUAGCAGUGCCGGCAGUCAACAGGAACAAGAAAGUACAGUCAAGACCAAACACCCUGACUGGUGCCCAACGGCCCAAUGCACAGAUACCGAUCUGUGUCAUCCCUGUCAACGACGCUUCCUCAUUGUGAUUGCCACACCCCGAUCGGCAUCUACCACUCUGACGUGGAUGUUGGACGAAUUGCCAGGGAUUCGCAUGGCAGGAGAAAACAACAAUAUGCUCACUUUUAUUUUCAAUGCCAACAAGGCGGUCUUCAAUCACUCUUCCUUUCAUCGUGGAAAUGAAGAGAGGACGUCUUGGGGACACAAUCACAUACCCAACCAAACCUUUGCGUGUGCCGCCCAGGCCAUGAUUCAAGCCAUUAAUCCACCCGAGCUACUACUAACGACAGAUCGAAUCCAUCUUGCAGACAAGCUUCAGGAACAAUCCACCAUUGUGGGAUUCAAAACCAUUCGAUUUGAACGUGGCGUCGAUGGAAAACCUCAGACCGAACAAGAAUGGUUGGAAAAGGUGGAAUUUGUCAAGGAAAAUUUCCCCUGUUCUCGAAUCUUGGUCAAUAUCAAUUCCAACGUUACACGACAAUCCGAAUCCUUCAAAGCCGCGAAAUGGGGAACGAUUUCCGAAAACAGUCUGCGGAAUCGAAUGCUCAAGUUAAAGCGGAUCGCCGAACUGUUUGGACCUGAACGGGCAUAUCUCUUGGAUUCGGCAGAAUGGACCAAGAAUGUGGAGAUUCUCAAUGCGGCUGUGUCUUGGUUGGGCUUUGACAGAGCAUGUCAUUUUCGGGAGUUGUUGCAAUUCAAUACGGCUGGAGCCAAGGGAUUCACACAUUCCAAGACGAAGCUUGACUAUCAUUCUCCCCGCUGCAAAAGACUCGAGUAGCAACUCGGUAACCACUUGAGUUGGGCUCACAAGGGCUCACCCAUAUACCGGUAUCCAACGAAGGGGCCCCUGCACUCAAAUCCUUCGUGCGCGUGGCUGUGACGAGCAAUCAAAGUCAUGGCCAGACCAAUCAAUCUGCAAGGGCGAAAACUAGUAACUGUUGCUCGUUUCAGUCCCUGCAAUCGCUUCAACCAAGCACUAGCUAGAGGAAGGCUUUCUUGGAUUAGGUUUGAAAUUGAAUGGUUUCACCGCGGCUUCCCAGGUACUUGUUUGGGUCGUACAAUAGGAUCAUGCUAAUCUGCUUACUACCAGUGGUAGCUACGGUAGUCUAUGGCAACCUUCCUUUUUUUGUAACAUCACUUAGCUAGCAUUUAUGAGAGCU